AUGUCUGAAUAUGUUAAAAAAUGUUUGGAGCAGGUUAUGAUAAAUAUUUUCCUUUCGGAGAGUAUAAUGUUGAAAAAAGAACAGAAGGAUGCGAUAGAAAGUUUUAUAUUCGGUAGAGAUACAUUUGUUUCCCUACCAACAGGAAUUGGGAAAUCUUUGAUAUACCAACUAAUCGUUCCUCUCGCGAAUGAAUUAUUGAUACAAGGACGAACAACGAACUAUCGACGUAAGCUUCCAACAAAUCCAAUGGUUUUGGUUGUGGCUCCUCUGCAAGCGUUGGUAAAUGAACAGAUAACUUCGUGUGAAAAGUUGGGAUUGAGAGCUGUGAAAUUAGAAUGUCGUGAUAGGGAAUAUAUAAACGAGUUCAACAAAUUCGACGUACUAUUCACAAGUCCUGACACAUUGGAGAGGCACUACAUUACAAUUUGCCACUUACAGGACCGUAUAAUCGCAGUGGUAAUUGACGAGUCCCAUUGUGUUGUCAACUGGUGAGUAUAAACAUGUUCAGAUUUUUUCUGUAUUAUUUAUAUAAAAUAUAUAAACAUGUCACAGCCAGUGUGGAUUUUUAUUGACUAUUAGUCAUUAAAUGACUGCACCAAUGACCAAAUACACAUUGGCGGGGGGGGGGGGCAUGUCCUUGGGGAAAAUUUGAACCCCAGAAGGCUAUUUUCUACAUUCUGAGCAACAGAUUUAGGCAAAACAUGUAUGUAUAUUGUAGACAAAAAUAUUAAACAACUUUGUGACUCAGAGAGAAUUUAGCAUUUGUGCACUACUUUGUGCACACUAAUGUUGCUGUUGUGCACCUGACAUGUUCAGUGCACAGUGUCAAAUCCUUGAAAGUAAAUAUGUUUUAUUAAUUAGGGGAACUACCAACAAUAACAAGGCUCGCUUUCGAGUAUCUUAUGGACGUGUUGGUAAUAUCAAUGCAUUAGUGAAUGCACCAAUCAUGUGUUUAACAGCAACAGCAAGUGCAAAAACAAGAAAAAAAAUCAUCCAGAUGCUGCAUAUGGUGAACACAAAAGUUAUUUAUCUUUCUCCUGAUAAAGAAAAUAUAAAGUAUGUUGUGGAAAAGGCAGACGAGAAAGGACUUGAUACAACAUUUGGCUGGAUUAUUGAAGAUUUAAAAAAGAAUUUGGAAGGAUGUCCUAAGACAAUAAUAUUUUGUACCUCAUUCAAAGAAUGUGGGGAGAUAUAUGACACCUUCUCAGAUAUACUACCUGAUAGUUGUACAACAUAUUAUGCUAUGUACCAUGCUAAAACUCCAGAGAGAAUAAAGAAGCAGGUACUGUCUGAUAUUGUAGUUGAUAGAAACCUACGUAUUGUUAUUACAACAAGUGCAUUGGGAAUGGGGAUCAACAUUCCAGAUAUUCAAAGAGUUAUCCACUAUGGUGCCCCACAGGAUCUAGAGUCCUAUGUUCAGGCUGUCGGAAGAGGAGGAAGGAAUGGCUGUAAUGUUUUGGCAAUAUUGUAUUAUAAAAAUUACCACCUCCGUCACUGCAACGAAAAAAUGAGAGCUUUUAUCAAAAAUCGUGUGCAAUGCCGGCGUUUAGAAGUCCUGAAAUACUUUAAAGAAAAGAAGAAAAAAUCAUUGCUAUUGCUGAUGCAUAACUGUUGUGAUAUCUGUUCUUCAGAGUGUGUAUGUGGAUUGUGUCCUGUAGAUGUGCAUAGAGGUACUGAGAAUACAAAUGCCAGUGCUCAUCCAUGUGAUAACAGAAAAGAACAGUCAUUAACACGAUGUGUCUCUAGUGAAGAAAGACAAACAUUUGUUGAUGUAUUAAAAGAUAUUCAACAGGGUGGAAAUGCUGCAGUAUUUGGCACAACAUUUCCGAAAAAUAUGCUUCAAGACAGUGUCAUCAAUGAAUUGGGGAAUGAUUUGGAACACCUGUUCAGUGUUGAAUAUGUAACAGGGAAUUUUCCCAUUUUAGACAACACAGUGGCAUGUGAAAUUUUAAAUGUUGUCAAUGAUAUAUUCCAGGACAUUGAUGAGGCAUCUUCAGAAGAACAGCACUUUAACUGGGUAAGAGAUGACUUUUACUUUUCUGAAGUAGCAGAUAGUUAUGAUAGUGAAGAAUCUGACAACUAA